CUCCUGCUCUUACACGUGGCGUCUCUGCCCUCGUUUCUUUUUCACGUAUAAUAAUGAAACCUGAAAAUUCUGAACAGGAAAAAGAAAACGCAGAGCUUCGUGUUCAUGCUGUUGAAUUUUAUUUGUAGUGCAAUGGCGGAAAAAGAAGAGGAGAGGGAGGUAGAGCUAGAGCUAGGAUUAUCCAUAGGAGGGAGUUACAGAAGGAAAAACGACAGCGUUUGUGAUGAAACAUCUACCAAACAGAAUGGAAGUUGCGUAAGGUCAAGUUUUUUAAUGGAAGAAAUGACAAAGAAGGAGAUGCAUGCGUUGAGGAGACGAGAAGUGAAGAAAAAAAGAGAAGAAAAGCAGCAGCUAAAGAAAAUCCGAAGCAGUGGUCAAAAUAUUAACGUUAACGAUAAUGGGAUGUGGUUAAUGGGCAAGGAUAAUCAUUUCAGCUCAGACGAGCGGGAAUGCAAGAAAAUGAAGACGAAUUUGAGCGUCGAGCAAAACGGCACCGUGGGCUCUGUUAUACCGUUGCAGUACGGGUUGCCUGCUGCGGAUGGGUUUGUGUAUCCAUGUGGGAAUGGAAAUGUAAAUGUUGUACCUUGUUGGUUAACACCACGUGGGGAGGAUGGGAAUGUGGUUCCGGUGGUUGGCUAUGGGUUUGUACCGUUUCAGGCUGGGUCGGUUAUUCCGGGUUAUAAUGGGUAUGAUUCGGAGCAGAAUGGUAAUGGUGGCAGCGUUGAUGGAGGAGAUAGUACUAAAGGUGGGUCUAAUAGAUCUCCAUUUUGUGGGUAUUCUACGGGUUCGGAUCAUAGAAGCUCUUCUAACGAAGGUGGUGGCAGCAGUGACACCAGAAGCCGUUCAAGUCCCUCUAUACCACAACUAUCUCCACAGAAUAUUUUGAUAGAAAAUGACACCAAGCCUCCCUCUGAUCACAGUGCUACAUCUCAUCUCACAAACUCUGGCCCGUCCGAAAAAACAAUUUCGUCCUGUAACGAUCGGUCGUCCCCAGCUGAACCGAAAGAAGAAGCUAAAUCAGUAAUAGAAUCUGAAAAUCAAACAACCUCCACCCCUCUCAUGGAAAGUAAGGGAGACAUGGGUAAGCCUCCCGAGCCUCAACCGCAGAAUCAUGCCGCGCCUCCAUUGCCAUUUAUGCCAUGCGUUUCAACAACCGGAAAUGGUCCGAAUGGGAAAACUGUAAACGGGUUUUUGUAUAGAUAUACAAAAUCAGAAGUGAGCAUCAUUUGUGUUUGCCAUGGAAGCUCAUUCUCACCGGCUGAGUUCGUGCAGCAUGCUGGAGGCACAGAUGUUUCACAUCCUCUGAAGCAUAUUACUGUAAUUCCUUCGGCUUUUUGACAAACUCAUUUAGAAAAAUUGAUGAGUGUAUAUAUACAUUUUGACUUGCAAGAACUUCUCCUGCAAAAUGGUGGGAAGGGACUCGGAUCUUUUACUUAAUUUUCAGUUGAAACUUCUCUAACUACAUUAACAGACAGUGGAUAUUUGAUACUUAGAUGAAGCACUUUACAAUUUUGAUUUUA